AGCGGCAUUUCAUAUCGGCUGCCGCCUUCUUCAUUUUAUGGAAGAUUAGCCAACAUUAUGCAGCAACCAAGAACAAGAAAUGGACAAAAGCACUUGGGAAUGGGAGAUGAUAGGCACAUUCGUGAUGAGAGGCAUAUAUAUCAUGAGGCAUUGCAGAACCUUGAUCAACCACAGAUUGAAGACGACCUACCAGACACUCUGUUGGCUGUUCCUCUCCUAAAGCACCAGAAAAUAGCCUUGGCUUGGAUGGUUCAAAAGGAGAAUAGUGUAUAUUGUGCAGGCGGAAUACUUGCUGAUGAUCAGGGCCUUGGUAAGACGGUAUCGAUGAUUGCUCUAAUACAAAAGCAAAUGUCGGAACAGUUGAAAUUCACAUCUGCCAAUUCUAGUUGUAUUAUGCCAGAAACAUUAAAUCUAGAUGAGGAUCGGGUUAGCGAGUUGGCUAAGUCAAAACAGAAAACUGAGAGAAUGACCAAUUCACGUCUACACUCAUCAUCCCAAAACUCGAAACCGGCUGCUGGUAGUCUUGUUGUAUGCCCUGCUAGUGUUCUUCGACAAUGGGCUCAAGAGCUAGAUGAGAAAGUUCCUGAAAGUGCAAAGUUGUCUGUUCUAAUAUACCAUGGAGGUGCAAGGACAAAAGAUCCUAUGGAGUUAACAAAGUAUCAUGUUGUUGUAGCCCCCUAUUCAAUUGUUACUCAUGAAGUACCAACUCAUUUAUUGGAUGCUGAUGAUGAAAAGGAUCAGCUCACAUUCAAUAAACAAGCGAAGGCAGUUCCCAGUGGUCCCCUUGCAAGAGUUCGGUGGUUCAGGAUUAUACUAGAUGAGGUUCAAAUAAUUAAAAAUCACAGAACACAGGUGUCUAGAUCUUGUUCUGGUCUUUGUGCUGAAAGAAGAUGGUGCUUAUCAGGGACACCGAUACAGAAUUCAAUCAACGAUCUCUAUAGCUACUUCCGCUUCUUGAAGUAUUAUCCCUAUGAUGACUAUAAUUCCUUCUGCGACUUUAUAAAAAAUCCAAUUUCUACAAAUCCAAGCAGUGGAUAUAAGAAGCUUCAGACUAUCUUUAAAGCCAUACUGCUUCGUCGUACCAAAGGUACGCUAAUUAAGGGGGAGCCAAUUCUUAAACUACCUCCAAAAUCGAUUUUCCUUGAAAAGCUGGAUUUUUCACAAGAGGAGAGACAAUUCUAUUUGCAACUAGAGGGUGCGUCACAAGUACAAUUCAAGAAAUAUGUCAGUGCUGGAACCUUGAAACAAAAUUAUAGAAAUAUUCUAUUGCUGCUUUUGCGACUUAGGCAAGCCUGUGAUCAUCCCAUUCUUGUCAAAGGGUUCCAUUCAAUUACCAGUGGAAAGAACUCAAUGCCUAUGGAGCAGCAUCUUCCCAGGAAGACGAUUAUCCAUUUGCUUAAUCAGUUGGAAAGUUCUCACGGAAUUUGUGUUUUGUGCAGUGACCUAGCUGAGGAUGCUGUUGUCGCAAUGUGUGGGCAUGUCUUUUGCUAUCAGUGUGUGUCUGAACAUUUAACUGGUGAAGACAACUUGUGUCCUGCAACCGACUGUAGUAAUAUUAUUGGUUCUGAUUCAUUUUUGUCACGAGAUACAUUGAAGAGAUUAAUUUCUGAUGAUGAUACCGAUGAAGCAUCAACCAGCUAUACUUGUGAUCCAGAAUCAAUCACCCACGGUCAUUACAUCUCUUCCAAAAUUAAAGCCGUUAUAGAUAUCCUGAUAUCAAUCUCUGGUUCAAAUACCAAAAUGGUUGAUAAUCUUGCAAAUUCCACUAAUUUCAAACCUAAUCAGUUAAACCUAAAUCCUAAAGUGUCCGAAAAGGUCCUUAUUUUUUCCCAGUGGACUAGCAUGCUGGACUUGCUUGAGCUUUCAUUGGAUAAGUAUUUUAUACAGUAUAGGAGGCUAGAUGGGGCAAUGUCUCUUACUUCAAGAGACAAGGCUGUGAAAGACUUCAAUAAUGACCCAGAGGUAACUGUGAUGCUAAUGUCACUAAAAGCGGGAUGUCUUGGCCUGAAUAUGGUUGCUGCACGUCAUGUGAUUCUUCUUGAUCUUUGGUGGAAUCCAACUACUGAAGAGCAAGCUAUCGACCGAGUGCAUAGAAUUGGACAAACCCAUCCCGUGAAGGUGUCACGGAUAACUAUAGAAGAUACAGUUGAAGAUCGUAUAUUGGCUCUUCAGGAGAAGAAAAGGAAGUUGAUUUCUUCUUCUUUUGGAGAUGGCCACGGUGGUGGUAAAGCUAGUCAGCUUAGCGUGGAAGAUCUAAAAUUCCUGUUUAACUUCGUCGAUGACCGAGUUCGUGUGGAUUAGAGUCAUCUAUUUUGAUCAUUUUGCAUAGGCAAGAAUGGAGAUGUUGGGAAAAUUUUGUUGGAAGAUGUGCACCUUGACAUUUUCAACCAAUUUUAUCCCUUCCCUUUGAUUAGAGGUUCUAAUCAUGAAACUGGCAUCAUCCUAGGACUGAUGGGGCAUAAUCUACUGUAAAUAUAAAUUUUGCAGCCCUUUACGCGUGCAGGAGCAAAUUGUGAAUGUUAAUUGGAAAGUUUGGU